UGCCGCCGCCGCCAUGGAGCCGGGCGAGGUGAAGGACCGCAUCCUCCACAACAUCUCGCUCUCCGUCAAGAAGUUGCAGAGUUACUUUGCGGCGUGCGAAGACGAGACGCCGGCCAUCAGGAACCACGACAAAGUUCUGCAGCGCCUCUGCGAGCACAUCGACCACGCGCUGCUCUACGGACUUCGUGACCUCCCUUUGGGCUACUGGGUCUUGGUGGUCCACUUCACCCGCAGAGAAGCCGUCGAGCAGAUUGAGGGGCUUCAGCACGUGACGACCAACCUGGGACGCAGCCGAGCGUGGCUGUACUUGGCCCUCAAUGAGAACUCCCUGGAGAGCUACCUGCGCCUCUUCCAGGAGAACCUGAGCCUGCUGCCCAAGUACUACGUCAAGAACGCCCUGGUCUGCAGCGACGACCAUCUGACCCUCUUCCUCACACUGGUCUCUGGCCUGGAGUUUAUCCGGUUUGACUUGGAUCUGGACGCCCCCUACUUGGACCUGGCCCCCUACAUGCCGGACUACUACAAGCCGCAGUACUUGCUGGACUUUGAGGAUCGCCUGCCCUGCUCGGCCCACGGGUCAGACAGCCUCUCGCUCAACUCCUUCAACUCGGUCACCUCCACCAACCUGGAGUGGGAUGACAGCGCCAUCGCCCCCUCCAGCGAGGAUUAUGAUUUUGGAGAUGUCUUUCCCGCAGUGCCGUCCAUGCCCACCACAGCCUGGGAAGACGGAGACCUGACAGAUACCCUCAGCUGCCCACCAAAGAGCCCCACGCAGCGUUACAACCCCUUCAACAAGAAGGCAGAAGUGCCGUCCUCCACCGAGACCACUCCGGUACACCACUCUGCCUCCCAGGAGAGGGCGGACCCCGUGGCUGAGGGCACAGGCCAGUCCGAGAGUUGCCCCGAGGUGGAGGUCAUCAGGCUGGCUAAAAAGAAGAAGAUUGGCAAGAAGAAGAAGGGCAAAUUGGAGGAGGCGGCAGCAGCAGCAGAUGUUCUCCCUCCUACUGCGGUGGGCCCAGAGGCGGGAGGGGGCAGGCCGGCUGAAGGAGCCGAGGAGCAGCAGCCCCACCAGGUGGCCCUGCCAGACCCCCCAGGGAAGGCCAGGCCGGAAGCAGCCCGCGAGCCCUCUGCACUUUGCCAGCUGGGGCUGCAGAUCCCCGAAAUGAAGGACACGUCCAUGGAGCAGGUGGGGCAGCCGCUCUGCAAGGUGAUCAACAUGCUAGACGGGCAGCUGGACCCCCCGCGGAGCCGCUCCCUCGAGCCCCCCAACCAGUCCUUUCGGACCGACACACCAGAGGAGGCCCCCUUGGAGGGGCCUCCCUCUGGUGGCUUUAGCGAGGGGGGAGCAGCCCCCAUGGUCUUCUACUGCUUUACCGCUGAGAGUCCAGACGCUCUUGCGCCAGGUGGUGGCCACCAUGACCUUGCAGGGGAUGGCCAACCGCCAGAUGUUCCUGGUGGCCCUGAAGCUGCUGGACAAGAGGCAGAAGGAGGAGAGGGAGAGGUUCUCGGGCCCCUGAUGGACUCGCAGCAGCAGCAUGCGGGAGAGGCGGCUGUGAGCGUGGAGGCCCUCGGCCAGCUCGAGGAGAAGGCCAGCCCCUCGCUCAGCAGCGCGGAGGACUCCGGAGUGGAAGAGGGACAGGGCAGCCCUUCGGAAGCAGCCCACCCCUCUGAAUUCAGGGUAGACAACAACCACUUGUUGCUGCUGAUGAUCCAUGUUUUCCGGGAGAAUGAGGAGCGGCUCCUCCGGAUGAUCCGCAUGAGCACGGGGCACAUGGAGGGCAACCUGCAGCUGGUCUUUGUGCUGCUGACAGACUGCUACAUCUACCUCCUGCGCAAAGGAGCAGCUGAGAAGCCAUACAUGGUAGAGGAGGCACUCUCCUACAAUGAGCUGGACUAUGUCUCGGUGGGCCUGGAUCAGCAAACAGUGACGUUGGUCUGCACCAACCGUCGAAAGCAAUUCCUGCUGGACACUGCAGACGCCACCCUGACCGAGUUUUUCCUGAUGUCUUUGAAGUCGGCUAUGAUCAAAGGGUGCCGAGAGCCACCGUACCCAAGCAUCCUGACCGAUGCCACCAUGGAGAAGCUAGCACUGGCCAAGUUUGUGGCUCAGGAGUCCAAGCGGGAGGCCUCUGAGGUGACGGUGCGCUUCUACGGCCUCGUGCAUUGGGAGGACCCCAUGGAGGAGGCGCUGGGUCCGCCCCCCCCACACUGCACAGUGGCUGAGCACUGUGCCACCAAGGAGGGCGUCCUGAACUACAAAGCAGGCACCAACUACCUGGGCAAGGAGCUGUGGAAGCCCUGCUUUGUGGUGCUCAGCAGUGGCAUCUUGUACCAGUAUCCAGAGCGCACGGAUGUCGCCCCUCUGCUGUCUGUGAACAUGGGUGGGGAGCAAUGCGGCGGGUGCCGGAGGUCGAACACGACAGACCGGCCCCACUCCUUCCAGGUGAUCCUGACCGACCGCCCCUCCCUGGAGCUGAGUGCCGAAAACGAGGAGGAGAUGGCUGACUGGAUGCAGUUCCUCUGCCAGGCAGUCUCCAAAGGGGUCAUCCCUCCAGGCGUGGCCCCCACCCCCUGCGUCCCCUGCUGCCUGGUGCUGACGGAGCAGAAGGUAUUCAUGUGCCACGAGGACUGCCAGACCAGCUUCUUCCGCUCGCUGGCCACCGUCGAGCUGGCAGAUGUGGCCUCGGUGUGUGUGGAGCCCGGCCACGGGGAGUACUGCAUCCUGGAGUUUGCCCAGGAUGGCAAGCAGUACCUGCCGCCCUGGGUCAUCUACCUCAGCUGCCCUGGGGAACUGGAGCGCUUCCUAUCCACGCUGGACGCUGUGUGGAGGAGCACCUACCAGGUGGACCUUCGGCACAAGCUGAUCGAGGACAGCUCCGUCAGGAAGAAGUGUGAGGAUGCCCUGAGCCUGAUCCGCAGCGCCUGGCAGCGCAGUGACAGCCUGUAUCGUGGGCGGGCCUCCCGGGACCCCUGGUGUUAGCCUUCU